UUAAAAAAAAAAUAGUAUUGUCUAUGCUACUUACGAGGUCGUGCAUUGGUGCAUUUUUAGUUUAUAAAAACUUCACAAAUUCAAUCAAUCAAAGGAGUAAAGGAGGCAUCAUCUCAUCACGAAAUAAUAUUGGCUCCAAGAAAUAAUUAUUGAUUUCGACGCACUUAUCAAAACAAAGUUUCCAAUAGAACUACUGUUGUCGACGCGUAUCGCAAUAACGAGUGAAAAAUGCCGGCAAGCAAUGUUGGGUCAUACUUGCAGGACGCCAGAAAUAAUUUCGACGCCGUGCGACCCGCCCUAGUUUGUGCUGAUGCCAAUCAAUCAAUAGGCCAAUGUCAGAAUGUGCAUAUAUCCACAAAUUGCUAUUAUGGCUACCACGACUUGAAAACACCAGAAAACAACCACGUUGACACAGAUUGCGAAAUGGUUGCUGUAGAACUCCCUGAUGGAACGCUCUCCAAAACGUCCUCGAGGAAGCGCAGCGCUGACGAAGACGAAUAUCCGCAAAGAAAACGACUUCGAGAAGAGGGUAUGGUGCCAUCAACUUCCAACUACAAUCCAUGUUUACUACGUCCAACGCACAACAAUCCAGACAUAUCUCGUUGUCUCAUGGUCCAUAUGAUGAUCUAAUCUCUACUGCAAUGUCACCAAAGACAAAAAAUAAUUUAGAAAAUUAUUCAUUUUAUCUGCAGAAGUACAAAGAGAGAAAAGCAUUGAACCUGAGACAAGCGAGACCAUGAAAUUGGAUUCAAGUACAGAAGAUAUCAUGGAAUCUUUGUAUUGGAACAUUCACGGAGGAAAUAUUUUUCAUUUGAUACAGUGUCUGUGACUCAAACACGUGUGAUAUAAGAUUUAAGUGAUUGGGACAUUAAGCAUUACCUAACAAUUUUGUACAACUAAGUUAAUAUGUAUGUUUCUAGUGUAAGAUUUGUCUAAUAAAAAUUAAUAGGCAAAGGGAGGGUGUUUCUUUUAAUUUAAAAGAAUAUAUUUGUUUAAGAAUAUUUAUUAAUAUAUUAUUAUAUAUAUUACACAAAGUAUUUAUGUAAAGCAUAUGAGUUAUUCAAUAAUAAAAAUGGGAUACAAUAAUAACACAAUAAUACUAAAGUCAUCAGGGGAACAUCAUACUUCAGUUCAAUCUGGAAAAAAGAAAACACUCAAUUAUUUCAAUUUACUUUGUUUUUCUGUUCCAGAUGCAGUUACAGAAGCUUUAAUAAAUUUGUUUCUCUUUCAGUGUAUACUCAAACUAUAUAGAAGCCAAAUAUGGCUGAGUUUGGGUUUUAUGCCACCUUUACAUUGUAUUAACUUCACCUUUUUGUUUUUCAGAUGAUUCUUCCAUGUGCAGCCUUGUUGGCACACGAUCAAGUCCAAGCCACUCAGCUUCCGCCUUUAAUGUAAACAUACCAACAAUUUACAGUUUGUCUUUAACAUAUAGAUUGCUAUUAAGAGUGCAGGUGUCAUAUAACUAACAGAAUUAAGUUAUAACCAAACCCACUGUGAUAUUAAUUGUAUUUGUACCUGAUAUUGUAAUAAAUAAUUUAGAUGUUGUAA